GUCGUCAGUGACAGAUCAACUUGACGAGGAGUGCAACUUCGAAACCUCUAUAACCAUUCUGUUGCAUUUCGUAGGAUUAGUUGAAAAACCAAGCUCAGCUACUUCUGUCCUGGUUAAUAAAGUGGCUGGCUUCCUUGUAUCGAACCCUUCUACAGCAAUUAAAAUGUCUGCAAAUACAAUGAGUUACCAGACUCUGCCAGGCACGGAUCUGAAUGUGUCUCGGAUAUGUUUGGGUACUUGGCAGUUUAAUGGGGGUGCCGCGGAUUUAACCUGGGAUCGUCAAGACGAAGCCACGUCCAAAGCCAUUGUGGAUAAAGCGCUACGGUUGGGAAUAAAUUUUUUCGACACAGCGGAAGCCUACACCAAUUCGGAGGCGGUGUUGGGGCGUAUUUUGCAGGGCAGUGGUCAGCGCAGCCAAGUUAUUAUCGCUAGCAAGUUCGGGCAGUGUUUGGCGGAUGGACGGCAGGGCUAUACUGCGGCGGACAUAGAGAAGGCACUCACGAAAUCCCUGGAGCAAUUACAGACAACGUAUAUUGACUUGUAUCAGAUUCACUGGCCCAUUUGCGUGGCCGAUAUGAAAGAAGCCGUCGAACAGCUGGAACGGGAAGUGCAGAAAGGGCGCAUUCGCUAUUAUGGCCAUUGCAAUUUCGGAGUAGAAAAUAUGAAUGAAUUCGAAGCAGCCGGCGGCAGGGCGGUCAGUUCACAGUUGGCAUAUAAUCUGCUUUGGCGUCCGAUCGAGCAUGAAAUCCUUCCUAAAGUAAAGCAGCUGAAUAUGUCCGUUUUGGCAUACUCUCCUCUGCAACAAGGACUGCUCACUGGAAAGUACCAUACCGUGGACGAAAUUCCCACGGGACGCAAGCGAACGCGCCUUUUUAGCAGCAACAGUUCUUCUGCAGCACGACAUGGGCAGGCCGGAGCCGAAGUGGAAACUUUCGAAGCUAUCGACAAUAUACGAAAGAUCUGUGCCGACAAGGGUUUGGAUAUGAGCAGCGCUUCUUUGUCCUGGCUGCUCGGAGAGGAAAAUGUAGCCAGUGUUAUUGUUGGCUGUAGCAGUCCCGAACAGCUAGAGGCCAACACGAAAAUCACACAUCUAGACCAGGAUACGCAGAAGAGACUGCGAGCGGCCACGGAUAGAUUGAAAGCCAAGAUAGGCUCCAACUGUGACCUGUGGGCAGCGGAGUCCCGAAUAAAAUAGAAAUUAUUUUUGCCUCUUCCGUGUGAACCAAAACACCGACGUGAAAUUUCGCUGUUCAGUGUCUAUGCAAGCUAGAGUUGAACAUUUUCCUAAAAUCACAAUACACUACCUGACAGACAUGUCGUCGGUUUUUCGUUAGCGAGGAUUCAAAGCUACAAAACGCUUUAAAAAGCUUCACGGUUUAUAAUCUGGUUUGCCCUUUUCUGCAUGCAUUGUAACAGUGUGUUAAACACAGCUGCAAACAGAAACUGUGUGGUUAUUAUGUUAAACCACUUUGAACGAAUGUUUUUUACACUCA